UCCGAAUUCAGUAUCAGUAUGUCACUUGAAUUGCGUCGACUCGGUUCGGUGAUGUUCCGUCGUACGGAGAUUCCUUCCGCCUAGAGUUCUGUCAUACAGCUAGGAGCCACACACAGUGCAUAGAUAGCUAGGGAAGACAAGUUGAAGGUAGUCCAAGAUUGACGCACACCUUUCGGUGGUGCCCUUCAAAGUCCGAUUGGAUAUUAUUAGAGGUGUUAAAUCGCGACGGAAAGGUUUUUUGAAUAGUUGGGCUUUUAUUCGCGAGGGGACGGAUCUUGGGCGGUCGUUCCCGCAGUAGGCCCUGAAUUUCGGUCGAAGAAGCGUUUCACAUCUAGCGGAUCCUAGUAGACUAGGGGUGGUCCAGGGGCACAGAGAUCUACCGUAGCAGCCGCAAAGGGUUCCUCUGAUUCGAUAAAAUUGUGAAUGUGGUGCAAUUUUCGCCAAUAAAAAUCGCAUUUUUUGGUUGGAAAUUCGGGCAGUGGUGUAUUGCUUCGGGUGUUGAGUGUCAAAGUGUGCCACUUGGUGGUGUGUGCAGGAAGAAAUUUAUUGAAAAUAUUGGCAGUCGUCGCCUGAAGAAGGUCGCUGCGGCUGUCAUCGCGAGAGUUCGACCGUGCAGUUGCGCUGGUGUGAGUGUUCGCUUUUUCUCGUGGUUUUGCGGCCGCAAGUGGUGUUGCGUUGUGUUUGGUGUUGUUGCGUGUGGUGUAUUGUUUGUUCUUCACCUCACUGGCCACCCCCGGGACGACGUCUACGGUGUGUGUUCAUUUCGCCGCCAGUAUUUUUUAUUUCGCACAGUGCCAGAGGAACCACUUGACGUAACCAUCGACGGUAUCCGUGUAUGUAGGUGCUGAAUUCACCACCGAUAUAUCUCUCGGGCUAAUCUCCAAGUGUGUGCGGUUUUGUGUUUUUAUUCACAGUUCCGUCGGCGAGUGCAUUAUCUGUGAAAUCUAAGAAGCAAAACAAAUUCGCUUUUUUGUGGUGUCAAUUUUCUUCCAGUGUGUAUCCAAUGAUCGAACGCUUGUUCAGUGACGAAGAAUAAAUCCCGUGAAGAUCUGUGUUGAGUUGUGUUGAAAGUUAAGUUAAAACCCAGAAAAGAAGAAGAAAAGCAAUCGAUUCGGUUGAAAACCAUGACCCGGUCACUGCGAUUGCUAGUGCUGGGGGCAUUUUGCCUAGCCUACUUCUGUUGUGAUGCAAGCAAGUUGGGCACAAAAGCCGGCCUUGAUGAACAGGCGGCUGCUGCGUCCCUGAAGGAAGAAACCCUCCAGAGCAACAUGCUGCCCGAGGAGGAACCGGUGCAUGUUACCAAGGGACCGAAGCUGACCGGGAACAAACCCACCAAAGUUACGCCGGCGAUCGAGAAAGGACCCUCCAAUGAAUUGAAUUCAACGCUGCAGUGUUCGGAGCGUCAGUUUCGUUGCAAUGACGGCCACUGCAUCCACGUUAGCUUCGUCUGCGACGGUGAAGCGGACUGUUCCGACGGAAGCGACGAACAUUCCCGGGAGUGCAAAGUUACAGAAACCAACUGUUCGGACGAUAAGUUUCGCUGCAAAAGCGGUCGAUGCAUUCCGAAGCACUGGCAGUGCGAUGGCGAGAACGACUGCUCCGACGGUUCCGACGAGGAUUCGGAAAAGUGCCUCAAUAAAACCUGUCCCUCCAAUGAGGUCAUGUGCAAGAGCGGAGACCGCUGCAUUCCGCGGGGUUGGCUCUGCGAUCGGGAACCGGACUGCCCCGAUGGAUCCGACGAGAAGGACUGCAAGAGCAAAGUUUGCUCCUCGGAGGAGUUCACGUGCCGCAGUGGAACGGGUACUUGCAUUCCGCUGGCCUGGAUGUGCGACCAGAACCGGGACUGCCCGGACGGAUCAGACGAGAUGUCGUGCAAUGAAACCUGCAGAUCGGAUGAGUUUACCUGUGCCAACGGGCGGUGCAUCCAGAAGCGGUGGCAGUGCGACCGAGACGACGACUGCGGUGACAACAGUGACGAGAAGGGUUGCCAGGCGACGACGUGCGAUCCACUGAAGCAGUUUGCCUGCUCGGAGAACUACUGCAUCACGUCCAAGUGGCGAUGCGACGGGGAACCGGACUGUCCCGAUGGAUCCGAUGAGAGGGGCUGCACAAAUCCAACGCCUCCCACUGUAAAUCCUUGUCUCUCACUGGAGUACCAAUGCUCAGAUAGAAUCACCUGUAUCCACAAAAGCUGGAUCUGUGACGGCGAGAAGGAUUGUCCACAGGGUGACGACGAGAUGCCGCCAAUCUGCCAGAAUGUAACCUGUCGGCCCGAUCAGUUCCAGUGCAAAAAGGACAAAACCUGCAUCAAUGGGCACUUCCACUGCAAUGGUAAACCGGAGUGCUCGGAUGGCAGCGAUGAGGUCGAUUGUGCAGAACGUCCGGCCGUCAAGUGCAACCCCAAGACGGAGUUUGACUGCGGCGGUGGAAUGUGCAUUCCCCUGUCCAAGGUUUGCGACAAGAAGCCCGAUUGUCCGGAGUUCCAGGACGAACCUAACGAUAAGUGCGGAAAGAACGAAUGCUUGGAGAAUAACGGCGGGUGUUCGCAUCUGUGCGUGGAUACGCCCGCUGGAUUCUACUGCGAUUGCAAACCUGGCUACAAACUGGUGAACAAUCGCACCUGCGAGGACAUUGACGAGUGCGCCGAGGCUGGAUCGUGUUCCCAGAAGUGUACCAACGAGAUCGGUACGUUCAAGUGCGAAUGUAUGCCGGGUUACCUGAGAGAUCCCCGUGAUCAUACCAAAUGUAAGGCCACCGAGGGACACGCUUCGCUACUGUUUGCCCGCCGCCACGACAUCCGCAAGAUAUCGCUGGAUCACCGCGAGAUGACGUCCAUCGUGAACGAUACCAAAUCGGCGACAGCUCUGGACUUUGUAUUCCGCACCGGAAUGAUCUACUGGAGCGACGUUUCCGAGCAGCGGAUCUACAAGGCGCCAAUUGACGAGGGGUCUGACAAGACGGUAGUCGUCAAGGAUCAGACCGUCACCUCGGACGGGUUGGCCGUGGAUUGGAUCUACAACCACAUCUACUUUACCGACAUCAAGAAGGCGACGAUCGAGCUGACCAACUUCGACGGCAACAUGGGCAAGAUUCUGAUCAAGGAUGAUCUGGAGAUUCCACGAGCGAUUGCACUGGAUCCAAUCGAUGGAUGGAUGUACUGGACGGACUGGGGAACGACUCCUCGUAUUGAACGCGCAGGAAUGGAUGGUACCCAUCGGCAGGUGAUCGUGACUUACGAGGUGAAGUGGCCCAACGGUAUCACACUGGAUUUGGUCCGAAAGCGUGUCUACUGGGUCGAUGCCAAACUGAACACCAUCUCCUCGUGCGACUAUGACGGAUCCAAACGGACGGUGGUCCUCUACUCGGCAGACUACCUGCGGCAUCCGUUCUCCAUCACCACGUUCGAAGACUACGUCUACUGGACCGACUGGGACAAGGAAGCCGUCUUCAAGGCCAGCAAAUUCAACGGCAAAGACAUCGAACCGGUGACGGCAAUGCAUAUGCUCCAGCACCCGAUGACAAUCCACGUGUACCACCCGUACCGCCAACCGGACGGUACCAACCACUGUCAAGCCGUCAACGGGCACUGCUCGCAUCUCUGUCUGCCAGCGCCACAGAUCAACAGUCGCAGUCCGAAGAUUUCCUGCGCGUGUCCCACCGGGCUCAAGCUGAUGGACGACGGACUGAUGUGCGUGGAAGACGUGAGUGUAACCACGACGAGGGGUCCAACGACGACGCAUGCUUCCAGUUUGCGCCCCUCGAAGGGCAAUGCCACUAGCAGCGGCAAAGACAUCGAGCAUCACCCCGGUAAUAUUUACGACAGCAACAAAAGUAUCAUUGCCUCUUCGGGUAAAACUGCGUCAUCGUCUUCGCAUGGGGACAAUAACUCUUCCUCAUCGACGCACCCCUCGUUCGCUAACAGUUUGCACAUAGCGGCCAUCUGCACGAAUCUAACCCGCAUCGAAGCGUUGAUCGCUAGCUUAAAAUCCAUCAAAACGGUCAACAAAACCGUCCUGCAUCGAUCGUACUUCAAUCGGCGUCGAGUACGGCCGACCACUGAGGGACCCCCCGACGAUCACUUACUAUCUUCUGAACCAACUACAACGACAAGUAUGACAACCCCAGGAGACCAUGACUAUGACGAACAUUCGACGACGCCUCCUCAGAACGAAACAGAAACUGACUAUGACCACGAGGCAGACAGCCGACAGACGACGGAGGACGAAGGAACCGUCGAGUACAGCUACUGGGAGUACCGAAAGCGGUUCAAUAUGCUCGAAACACUGUUCAUGGACAAGGUGGUCGACAUCGGGGGUCCGGACGGGGGCAAUCUGGCCAUCUAUGGCAACGAGCUGCACGCGUCGUACGAGUACGUGCGAUGGCUCUGCCGGAAGUAUCAAGCUACCAUGCGAAAUGGUACCGAUGGAACCAUUAUCAAACCGGACGUGAUGGAGCCCGACAACGGAUUGGUGGCCUUCAUAACGAUCGGGAUCAGCACGGUCGUUGUCCUCUUGCUCUUGGUGGGCGCCUACUUCGUGUACAAGCACCACGUGCACCGGAAUUCCACCUCGAUGAACUUCGAUAAUCCGGUUUACCGGAAAACGACCGAGGACCAGUUCAGCCUGGAGAAAAACCUGCCGAACCGCAUGUACCCGAGCACCGUCGGCGAAGAGCGACUAAGCACCGUAGUUCUCACCGCCUAGAGCGCUCUCAAACCAAUCCAGCAAAUGCGUGGAAGGCCCAAGAACCGCUGAACAGACCCGGCACCAACGAUUUCGUCUAGCUGUCGGUCACACAUACACGCAAACACACGCACACGCAAAACUCUUCAGUCUAUUCGAAUUGAACAACUAAAACCAGAAUGAAAAGACAAACCGUUUAUAAGCUAAGCCAUCAUCGGACCUAAGUCUGCGCCACGGUUUUGCACAACAGACACUCGGUGCGCUAGAACCAACCAAAGGGCGAAGUGUGGAGUGGUGCAGGAGUACAGAGUGAGCGGGAACCUAGAACCAUCCUUAAUUUUACUUAAAAGAAUAUGCGCGGGAAAAUUCAAGUGGCAGCUAGACAAACACACACAUACAUAUACAGAGACACACAUACAUUCAUGCAUCCGCGCAAGGGAAAUUCGUGAUUUCCAAGAUAGCAGCUUCAAUGUGUUAUGUUCUAUUUAAACAGUUGAUAUAUUUAGCUUGAAAUUCAAUUUUCAUUUCUUCGAUUAAGGGUAGGUCAAAUCUAACUAUGGUAGCUUCUAGUGAAGAGUGUGUUUGAGUAGCUCAAAUUGUAUAGGAAAAGCAGAAUUGUGUCGGAAAGAUUGUAUUCCAACGUUUAGUAGUCUAUUACUUUAGUCCAGUUUUUUUUCUUUUUAUAAAUAACCUUCAUGGUGGAAAAGUUUACGGUCAAACCGAACCUUAUUAUGUAACGCACUUUCUUUGUUAACUUCUUAUGAAGACGGAUGUAUGCUAACUUUUACGUGUGUUUAUCAAUUAACAGAACAAGUCGUCCAUCUUUGUUGCUCCGUUAAAUUAUUCGAAAUAAAAAAAAGAAAACAAAAAAACUGUGCAAAUCUAUUCGGCCUUAGUCGCAUAGUAGGCUAUGAGGGAACGUAAAAUUUGUACUGUAAAAAAGAUAACAAAAUGAAUCGCUAGAAAAAUAAUAAAGUGUUUAUCUAGACUAAAACAAACCUAACCUUUCACAAACAAUGGUGUAGAUAUUUUUUUCGUUAAGAUACAUUUUAAAUGACGAACGGAGAGAGAAUGUUGAAGAAAAUCAAAAAAAUAUUCCAUCGAACUAGUGGAAAGGAGAUGUCAUUUUAGUAGAUAAAUUUAAAAUCAUCCUCUCUAACGAGAUUGAUCACUAGCGAAAAUUUGUAAGGACCCUAAAACUGCAUCCCAGCAGAAUUGAAUCGUAUUGUACGACAUAAUCUUGGUAGCACAUAACUGAAUUAUGACUAAAUUUAGUCGUAAAUGAGUUACUUUAUCUGGCUUGUAGCGUGUGCUGUGCUGCUCGGAUUAUGGCCAACUACGAUGUAAGUUAGCAUUCACACAUUAAAGCAUGCUGCGAAUGUCAAAUAAUAAUUAACAUUUCAACCUUUUUUACAUGAAGCUUUAGCUGAAAUAAUCCUCGUAUUUUUACUUAUACAGAAAAUGAUCGAACGAGUCGGGUAGUCUGUCACAAUUGAAAGAAUAUAAAAAAUGGCCUCUAAAUUGAUGUACUUAUCCCAGACUUCGUUUCGACCAUUUUCUCUCCCAAAUUCUACAAAUAGCAGAGUAAUACAAAUAUUUAGUAGCUCUUCCUGAAGUCACUCAAUUUUCAAACAAGAAUGAAUAUAGAUAACAAACAUAGCCCUUUCAAGUUUACGAAAUUCAUUGCUCAGAGAGGUGGGAAUAUUUUGCUCAAAAACUAACAAAACCCAAGAAGCUGUAUUUUCGAUUUUGUUGGUAUAAAAAAAACUAGAGAACUCGUUCUCCGCAGCCUGAAGUUGAAAGCUGUUGUUUACUGCAUAGACAAACGAGGAAAACUGUCAACUACGAUUAUCCGAAUUCCUUCCAGUAAAAGUAAUUCUUGCCAAACGAUUUUAUUGAUGUUGAACCUAUACCAUUACGUUUCGCGUUGAUCCGUCUCUUAGCAACCAGACCGAGAAGCAGAGAUCUUAUUGUGAACAAACGAAUUUCUUUCCUUCCAGAAACAACAAAGAAACUAAAUCCUAAAACAAAAAACUAAUUAGAACUUUUUAGAGCUAUUUUUAAACGAAAGAAGGUAAGGGCAAAAAAAGAAAACUAGAAAAAAAGUGGAACACUCCUGCCAAAUUGAGAAGAAAACAUAAAAGGGGAUCGUAGCAAUCGCGAGAACAAAAGCCAAAAAUCGCCAAAAUCGUUCAAAGCUGGAAGACUAUGUGAGAAGCAACCGGAGAGGUUUUUCAAAGUGAGAGUAUCCCAUUCAUGAUUAAUACCUAUUAAUAAUUAACAAAAUAAAGAAAAAAAACAAAAACGAGAUUUAUGACUUUCACUACCGUAAGCUCAUUUAGAAUACAGAUUAUCGACUCACAUAAAUUAACAAAUCAUCACACAGCAACAACAAAAUCGAACCAUUUUGCUAAUUAUGUACAUAAAAGUUGAUUCAGCCGGCUACCGGAAUGAUGAGAGGCGAGUGAGCUAAACGAGCUGAACUGAGAUCAAAAGUUGAGUUUUGCUAACGCGAAUAACGUUCCAAUACGGCAAAAAGCACAAUUCAAACUAGUGUUGCAAUUGAAGCGACGACCGAAUGGACUCAGAUGGAUGUCAAAUAAAGCGGCAAAAUCACUCGCAAAGUUAAUUAUCGUUUUGUAUAUACUGAAUCGAUAACGAAGCAAAAGCAACCACAUCAUGCAAGAAAACAAUUGAGAUGGACAAAAUAUAUGGUGGGGAGGUAAAAGAAAAAAAAAA